AGGAACAUUUUCCAGGACAGGAGUGCUCACUGCAGAUGGCAACUUGUUUCAGUGACUCUGCUUUUAUUAAGAAAUUUUUCUAGCUGUCAGAUUUCACGCUGAGCAUGGGGGUGCAUGCCUAUAAUCCCAGCUCUUGGGAGGCUAAAGGAGGAGGAUGACUAAUGUGAGUUUGAGGCCACCUGAACUACACGGGGUUCGUCCUGAAUCAGCUCUUCAAGUGCUAGGAUCUCCCCGAGAAAUGUCCCAGCUAUCAUAUGAUGGAUCAGAUGGAGAAGCACCAGAGGAACCAGAAGUCAUUCCUCAAAAGGGUCAGCAUGGCAAGAAAGGCAAAGGUGGGAAGAAAGGUCGUGGUGGCCACGCUGCCCAGGAAGACCAGGAAGACCAAGAGAGACCCGGUGGAAAGCAGCAAAGAGGCCAAGGCCGCCAGGGUGGUCAAGGUGGUAGAGGUGGCCAGAAAGGUCAGCGUGGAAGAGGUGGCCAGGGAGGUCAGCGUGGAAGAGGUGGCCAGGGAGGUCAGCGUGGAAGAGGUGGCCAGGGAGGUCAGAGCCAGAGCUUUGCUUUUGAACGGUGAUGAGGAAACAUGAUGGAGAUGACCCCGGUGAUGCCCAGAAAUUGAUGGAGAUCAACUCGUGACUGUGGACUUUUCGACACUGUACUUCUUUGUCUUUCCUUUCUCCAACUUCAAAACAUCAAUAAAAUCAUCAGCAUCAA